UUGUUGUGGGAUUGAUAAGAGAACCAUCGAAAAAUUUGAAAAAGAGGCUGCCAGGAUGGGAAAGGGCUCCUUCAAGUAUGCCUGGGUCUUGGACAAACUGAAAUCUGAACAUGAGCUUGAUAUUACCAUUGGUAUCUCCCUGUGGAAAUUUGAGACCAGCAAGUACUAUGUGAUGAUCAUUAAUGCCCCAGGACAGAGAAACUUUAUUAAAAACAUGAUGACAGGCACACCUCAGCCUGGUUAUCCUGUCCUGUUUGUUGCUGCUGGUGUUGGUGAAUUUGAAGCAGGUAUUUUGAAUGGGCAGACCUGUGAGCAAGCCCUUCUGGCUUACACUCCAGGUAUGAAACAACCAAUUGUUGCAGUUAACAAAAUGGGUUUCACUGAGCCGCCCUGCAGCCAGAAGAGAUAUGAGGAAAUUGUUAAGGAAGUCAGCACCUACAUUAAGAAAGUUGGCUGCAGUACUGACAUGGUAGAAUUUGUGCCAAUUUCUGGCUGGAAUGGUGACAACAUGCUGGAGCCAAGUGCUAAUAUGCCUUGGUUUAAGGGAUGGAAAUUCACCCAUAAGGAUGGCAAUGCCAGUGGAACCACGCUGCUUGAAGCUCUGGAUUGCAUACUGCCACCAACUCUUGCAAAUGAUAAUCCCUUGCGUCUGCCUCUCCAUGAUGCCUAUAAAACUGGUGGUAUUGGUACUGUUCCUGUGUGUUGAGUGGAGACUGGUAUUCUCAAACCUGGCAUGGUGGUCACCUUUGCUCCAGUCAACAUUACAACAGAAGUAAAAUCUGUUGAAAUGCACCAUGAAGCUUUGAGUGAAGCCCUUCCUUGGGACAAUGUGGGCUUCAAUAAAGAGAACAUGUCUGUCAAAGAUAUUUGUCGUGGUGGUGUGGCUGGUGACAGCAAAAAUGACCCAUGGAUGGAAACAGCUGGCUUUACAGCUCAGGUGAUCAUCUUGAACCAUCCUGGCCAAACUGGUGUUGGUUACGCACCUGUGUUGGAUUGUCACACAGCUCACAUUGCUUGCAAGUUUGCUGAAUUGAAGGAGAAGAUUGAUUGUUGUUCUGGGAAAAAGUUGGAAGAUGGCCCCAAGUUCUUGAAAUCUGGUGAUGCUGCCAUUGUUAAUAUGGUUCCUGGGAAGCCCAUGUGUGUUGAGAACUUUUUUGACUAUCCUCCUCUGGGCUGUUUUGCUGUUUGUGACAUGAGACAGACAGUUGCUGUGGGUGUCAUCAAAGCUGUGGACAAGAAGUCAGCUGGAGCCAGCAAGGUCACCAAGUCUGCUCAGAAAGCUCAGAAGGCUAAAUGAAUAUUAUCCCCAAUA